CGCGAGAAGCGAGCGAUGAUCGCCCGCGGCCGUUCCGGCCUCUGCCUCGCUCUCUGCACCUUUGGGCUGGCACUGCUCGCGGAUGUGUCCCGGGCUGUCCCCGUGGACGAUCAGGAUUACUACCUGCAGGAAAUUACCAGCAGGGAUCAUUAUUACUCCUUUCCGUAUCCUGGGGAAGAGUUCUUUCCUUUCACGGAGCAACCCGGGGGGGAAGGACCUGUCCGGGCUGCAGAGACAGAGGAGCACCCAAGGUUCAAACCGAGCAGGAAGGAGUUAAAACAGAAGAAAAGCAACAAAAAAGGAAAAUCCGUUCUUGAAACGUCACCAGAUUGCCCUCCACUUGGUCUAGAGACAUUAAAAAUUACUGACUUCCAGCUCCAUGCCUCCACAGCAAAGCGCUAUGGCCUCGGGGCUCACCGAGGAAGGCUCAAUAUUCAGGCAGGUGUUAACGAAAAUGAUUUUUAUGAUGGUGCUUGGUGUGCAGGAAGAAAUGACCCCUACCAGUGGAUUGAAGUAGAUGCUCGAAGGCUGACAAAAUUCACUGGAGUCAUCACACAGGGAAGAAACUCCCUCUGGUCGAGUAACUGGGUGACCUCUUACAGAGUGUUGGUGAGCAAUGACAGCCACGCGUGGACUGCUGUGAGAAACGAAUCUGGGGAUGUGAUUUUUGAAGGGAACAGCGAGAAGGAGAUCCCAGUGCUGAACAUGCUGCCCGUGCCGCUGGUGGCGCGGUACAUCCGCAUCAACCCCCGCUCCUGGUUCCAGGAGGGCAGCAUCUGCAUGAGACUGGAGAUCCUGGGCUGCCCCUUGCCAGACCCAAACAAUUAUUACCACAGAAGAAAUGAAAUGACAACCACUGAUAAUCUGGACUUUAAGCAUCACAACUACAAGGAGAUGAGGCAGUUGAUGAAAACUGUGAAUAAAAUGUGCCCAAAUAUCACAAGAAUUUACAAUAUUGGAAAAAGCAACCAAGGACUGAAGCUGUAUGCUGUUGAGAUUUCUGACAACCCAGGAGAGCACGAAGUUGGGGAGCCAGAAUUCCACUACAUUGCAGGAGCUCAUGGCAAUGAAGUGCUUGGACGAGAGCUAAUCCUUCUGCUAAUGCAGUUCAUGUGCCAGGAAUACCUGGCUGGGAACCCACGCAUUGUGCACCUGAUCCAGGACACGAGAAUCCACCUGCUGCCCUCAGUAAACCCUGAUGGAUAUGACAAGGCCUAUAAAGCGGGUUCAGAACUGGGGGGCUGGUCUUUAGGACGAUGGACUCAGGACGGCAUUGACAUCAACAACAACUUCCCUGACUUAAACUCUCUGCUCUGGGAGUCAGAAGACCACAAGAAGAGUAAAAGAAAAGUUCCAAACCAUCACAUCCCGAUCCCUGACUGGUACCUGUCUGAAAAUGCCACUGUGGCGGUGGAAACGCGGGCAAUCAUCGCUUGGAUGGAAAAAAUCCCUUUUGUGCUGGGUGGCAACUUGCAGGGGGGAGAGCUGGUGGUGGCCUAUCCCUACGACAUGGUGAGAUCCAUGUGGAAAACCCAGGAUUACACUCCCACCCCGGACGACCACGUGUUCCGCUGGCUGGCUUAUUCCUACGCUUCCACGCACCGCCUGAUGACGGAUGCCAGGAGGAGAGCCUGCCACACCGAGGACUUCCAGAAGGAGGAUGGCACUGUGAACGGAGCCUCGUGGCACACCGUGGCUGGAAGCAUCAAUGACUUCAGCUACCUGCACACGAACUGCUUUGAGCUCUCCAUCUAUGUUGGCUGUGACAAGUAUCCCCACGAGAGCGAGCUGCCAGAGGAGUGGGAGAACAACCGAGAGUCCCUGAUUGUUUUUAUGGAACAGGUCCAUCGUGGCAUCAAAGGUAUUGUGAAAGAUGUGCAUGGAAAGGGAAUCCCAAAUGCUGUUAUUUCAGUGGAAGGUGUUAACCAUGACAUUCGCACAGGAGCUGACGGGGAUUACUGGCGCCUCCUCAACCCGGGCGAGUACGUGGUGGGCGUCAAGGCCGAGGGCUACGCCGCCGCCACCAAGACCUGCGAGGUCGGCUACGACAUGGGGGCCACCCAGUGCGACUUCACCAUCUCCAAGACCAACCUGGCGAGGAUCAAGGAGAUCAUGAGGAAGUUUGGGAAGCAGCCCCUCAGCCUGUCGGCGCGCCGGCUGCGGCUGCGGGCGCGGCAGUGGCAGCAGCGGCGGCGGCGAUAG